AUGUCUUCGGACUCUCGUCGUCAGACGUCCUCCUCUACCUACUUUGACAUCAUCCUUUCCAUAACGCACUUUGUCGGAUUCACUUGUAUAUGCCUAAACGGCUACUUCUUCAAUACAUUCAAAAAUGGACUGGGAUGGCCUCAGAAAGCAUUGACAAAUCAGGACGAGAAGUUGGGGAAACGAGGAGAUCAGUUGCACGCCUUCCUCAUGAUUCUCGCAUUCAUUUAUUUCCAAGGAGAAGGUGAGGAAGUUACUGGAAACUGUGCAAUGUUCUCUGUCACUUUCAGCGCUGUUGGCCUAUCGGUUGUACCGAUACAAUUCGAAAAUGCUCUCAAAGCUGCUGCACACUUCCCUUCACAUUCUCGCAAUCGGACUCGGGACCACUGCUCUCGUGGUCAUCAUCGAAGCAACAAACUUGUUGGGAGUGAGUCUUUCUACUUGGACUUCCUUCAAUUAGAGCUCUUUCUCUUUCAGUAUAACAACUUCACAAGUGUUCACAGCUGGAUUGGUGUUGUUCUGCUCUCCGUGUACCUUGUACAGGUACUCUCUCUCUCUCCCUGUCUAUCCGUCUUAUCCUUAUUCGUUAACAUUUCAGUUCUCAUUCGGUUUCCUGACGUACUUGUGUCCGUGUGCCCCUGGCAGCUUCCGUGCCCGUUUGAUGCCAGUUCACAGAGCGGUUGGAAUCGGUUGCCUCGUCGUCGCGUGCGUGCAGUGCGUCCUCGGAUACGCAACAGUUCUUCUCGAGGAACAGCCGUAAGUUUCCGGUCAUUUACCGUCGACUGUACCCAAUGUGUCUGCAGCUCGUGCUUCGGAGAUCUGUCGUGUGCGAAUCGGAUCGAGUACGUGGCCGCGUUCGCCGUUUUCUCGAUCAUCCUCUACGUCCUCCUCGUCCUCGCUCUCAUAAUUCCAAACUCUUGGAGAAGGGUGAAGACUCCCGAUGAGCUCAAGUGA